AUGGCCGGGACAGAUGAACCCCCAGGACAAGCUGAGCAAUCCCAACCUGCAAUGCAGGUCAUCGUUCUUGGUUCCGGAGGAGGCCCCCAAGAGAACAAUGUCACAGCAUUGCUUGUACGCUCUUUGGAGUCAAAUUGGUCAAAAGGAUCACUGAUGGCAGUGGAUGGAGGUGUUCAUCUAUCAGCCAUAACCAAGAUCCUAGAAGCAGACCAGCCCAAAGGCCUAGGUACCAAAGUCCCUUUGCCACAUGUUCUUGAGAAAGGCCCUUUUGCUGGCUUCACAAUCCACUCUUCAUCAGCAACAGUCAACGCCGGUGAUGUUAUAAGAAACCAAAUCGACACUGUUCUGUUCACCCAUUCGCACCUUGACCAUAUUAGUGCUGUGGUCAUCAACACAGCUGGGCUGCCAGGAUCUCGACCCAAACGACUAGUCGGCCAGGAAUGUACCAUUGAAGCACUCAAGACACACAUAUUCAACAACGUCAUUUGGCCAAAUCUGUCUGAUGAGAAUAACGGUGCGGGAUUGGUGACUUACUUGCGCCUUGCUGAGGGCGGCAAUCCGGCAAUUGGUGAUGGUGCUGGUAAAGGCUAUUUAGAACUAGCGGAUGGCCUCGGCGUCAAACUUUUCAGUGUCAGUCAUGGACACUGUAUUGAGAGAAAACCAACCCGAGGCUCCUCUACCUUCCGGUAUGGAAGUUUCGAUACUUCAUCAACCACGGCAUCGCCAAGAGGUGCGCCGGGCAGCACAGCGGCGUCUGGACCGCCUUCCUUGUUUAGGGGAUCUGGUGGCGGCCCCGAAAAAGACACAAUCUCGGUUUAUGACUCCAGUGCGUACUUCAUACGUGACUAUACCACUGGUCGGGAGAUUCUUGUAUUCGGCGACGUCGAACCAGAUUCCAUGUCGCUGUCUCCUCGAAAUUUAAAUAUCUGGAAGGAAUCAGCACCGCGAAUCGCAAAUGGCAACUUAGUUGCAAUUUUCAUUGAAUGCUCGUAUGACAAUAGUCAGAGUGAUGACCGUCUGUUUGGCCAUCUAACACCUCGUUACAUCAUUCAAGAGUUGCAAGCUCUUGCCGCCACUGUUGAGAUGGCAGCACAAGCUCCGCUGAAAUUCGAUUCGACUAAGAAACGCAAGAGAGAGGCUGAGCAGGGCACCAACAAGACCAACAACGCUACUGUAGCGGAUGAUGAUGAUCGCGCAAUCUCGCCAAAGUCCACGAGACCGGCGAAGAAGGGAUCGAGUGCUACCACGACCGGUCCAGACCACAGUGGAAUGGAUACGCCGCAUAUUGCGACACCAACAGCGGAGAUGUCUCUCACAGAACUUGAGGCUGAUGCAUCUGACGCCAAUCACGUGCCGCUCACUCCUCAGUCAGCCAAUGUCCUCCGGGGUCUAAAGGUUAUUAUCAUUCACGUCAAGGGGAAACUCGUGGACGGAGAUCCACCAGGUGAUACCAUACUAUCCCAACUGCAGAAAGCAGAGAGUGAAGCCCGAUUGGGUUGUGAAUUCAUUAUCUCGAGCACAGGACAGAGCUUCCUAUUCUAG